AUGUCUACGACAAUCGUCCCUACGAUUGUUGUGAUCCCAGGGUUUGAUUCCCCAUCCUCAGCCCUGCUGACAACGGCAACUCUCUUCGUGAGUGGGGCAGGCACCGCGACAACCAGCACAAAUCCACCAGCCACUAGUACACUCGUCCCCCCGACCGUAUGCAAUGAGCGAUGUGAAAAUGCUUACGGAACUGCUCAGCAAUACGGGAAAGACCCCGUGAUUUGCCAACCAGGCUCGGACUUCCAGACCGAUCUAGCAUCGUGCACAGUGUGUAUUGAGGAGAACGCCGAGGCAGCACAAGAGGUUCUAAGGACCUCCAUCUGGACUAAACUUGAGCAAUAUACGGAAUUCUGUAAGGGCGAUGUUAAGCUAUUCACGUCUACGUUUGUCAUCCCGAACAACGAUGGGGUCUCCAUAACAGUCUUCAGAACAUACACGACUACCGUGCCGUUUACGUUCCUGACAUCGUCCGCGACAAACUCUUCCACGUCGUCUGCCUCCGUAUCAACGACCAGUGCGGCCGUGGAGGCAUCACAAACAGCCCAGAGAGAGCAAGCGCAGCCAAGAAGUUCCGCCUGGAUUGCUGGACCUAUUGUAGGCGCGAUUGUCGUCAUUGGCAUCCUCCUGGGUGGAUGCUGGUUCUGGAGACGACGAAGAAAGCAGAAAGCCAUCCUGCCGACUACUGCCAUCGCCGACAGCGACGGCAAGGGCAGAUACGAAAAGGCAGAGCUUCAUGCAAACCACAUGCAGCGGAGCCCCCCGAUGGAGCUUGAGGGUUCUUACCCGGAUCCUGUGCCUGAAAUGAGCGCAAACGAGGUUGCUGCACAGGAGAUGCUGGCUUCUGAUAAGAAUAAACCCACAGUUGCGGAGCUGUCACACAGGCAUACAUAA